AUGCGCUUCAACGAGCCUCAGGACAUUGAUGACAAUGACGACAUCGACUUUGCGGCAUUAACAGAAGCCCAACACCAAGCUGGUACUUUAGAAGGCGCUGAUGCGGAUCGGAAGAAGCGGCGGGCUGGGGCCAGAGAGUCUGCCAAGCGUCGGAAGCGCCAGAAGCGUGAGAAUGAUCUCAUCUGCGUCAAGCAAGCCGGUAUUGCACUUCCUUCUCUCAAAGAUGUCUUGAAAGGGGCCAACAAGCCUGCGCCCGUCAUCCCAUCACUCAAGGAGGCUCUCCAAACCGCGGGAGCCGAGCCUGGGAGCGCGACGCCCGAGAGCUUGGUGGCGAAGGUAGAUGGCAAUGCCGUUCAGGCAGAGAGUGCUCCGCAAAGCAGCGAGCCCUCGGUGCUUCCAGCAACAGCUGCUGGAGGAGGAGCAGAGCAGCCUUCCGCGCACAGGAACGCCAUUUCCUACGAGGACGUGGAUGACCCUCCUGAGCAAGCACCGACAUCAGAGGCCGCGGAUCAGGGCACCGAUCGGGGCACCGAUCGGAGCACCGAUCGGAGCAGGCUCAAGGUCGCCAUCGCACGGGUUGCCAAGGACUCGGAGAGAAGAGCUCGUGUCGCCAAGGCAACGAAUGCACGGUCGGUGUUCAUCACCAACUUGCCGUUCAAGGCACAGGAGGAGGAGAUCCGCAGCUGGCUAGGAGCAGCGGGUGAGAUCAAGGGUCUCCGGCUGAAUCGGGACAAGGUGACCACUAAAGCGCUGGGCUUUGGACAUGUGCAGUUUGAGUCCUCAAAAGCCGCAGAUGCUGCUGUGGAACAGUGUGACAAAGUGGAGCUGCACGGACGUGUAAUGCGAGUCGCGCCCGUGGCUCCCAACACGAAGUUCCAGUUCGAGCUCCCGCAGAACAUCAAGGAGGACCUUGUCGGCCUCAUACGAGAAGCCUAUGAAGGCAAGAACAUCAGCACCAUCAAGGAUGCCUGGCAGAAGCGGCACCCAGGAGAGAAGCUCGACACGUCCAAGUGGGGCUUCAAGAACUUCUCGUCUUCCAUGAAGACCUUGGAAGGCGUCACUCUGGAACACCACCUGGAGAAGACGCUGACGUACUUGGCCUUCUUCGAUGGCUCACCUGCCCAUAAGGCCUACCUGGAGGACUUCGGAGCAUGA